UCUCCGAUGGACGGUUGUUUGUUUUCACUGAGGCAUGUGCCAAUCCAAUCUUUUUGGCCAAAUCUUUUAAGUUCUUAAGCCAACACCACUCCACGGAACAAAUGUUUCUUAAGCCCUACAGACCCAAGAGCAGUGCGGCCCUUAAGGGAUCCGAGAGCAAAAAGUUCCGGCAGCGCGUGGAGGCGGCUUUUCCCAAUGUGUCCGUGGAUCAGCUGGUGCCGACAAAGGCGGCGGUCACCCAGGUAAAGAUUCUCAGCCACGGCGGUGUCCAGAGCGUGGUCUACUGCGUGGACAAGCUGCCCCUGUUCUUUGAGCUAGACGGAGGUCAACUGGUGCCCACUCUGUAUACGCUGUGGUCCAUUCCGGACAUCCUGCCCUAUUUCACCACCCACGAGGGCGUUUUACCGAAGCUGACGAACGGAGCGGAUCUCAUGCUGCCGGGCGUAGUGCCCUUGGGCGUAGGAUUGAACAUGUACGGGCACUUUAAGAAGGGUCAGUUAAUGGCUGUAAACCUUACAAACAAUAAAUCCGCAGUGGGUGUGGGUCAGUUGGCCCGUUCAAGUGAUGAAUUGUACAUGUGUGGAGGUCAUGGCGUGGCCAUCAAAAUGCUCCAUUUGUUCGGCGACAAGCUCUGGUCCCAUGAGCCCAGCCUGAUUCAACAGAUCCCUCUGGUGAAGACGAAGGCCUUGUCUGGCGAGGAUUUUCCCGCCCUUGGUUCCGAGAUGGAGAGAAAAAAGGCACCCGCCAACCCCGUUCCUUCAGCUCCUGCAACCUUUGCAUCCGUAACUCAAACUGAAGAACUGGAAACUGGAACUGCUGCCUUAACCUUAGAAAACCAGGAUUCCCCAGAAUCUGAGGAAGAAGUUCAGGAGGAGGAGGCCUCCCCAGAACUGAUUCUCAAGAAUGCUUUCCUCUCCGCCCUUAAAAAUAAUGGAAAAAAGUUGCCUCUUCCACUGUUAACCAGCAAUUUCUACAGACUGUAUGUGGUCACCGAGGCGCCAGAACAGAUUGAUCUUAAGAAGACCCGGUACAAGAAGCUCUCCAAUUUCCUGGCCGAGAUGGUGGAUCAAGGAUUCAUUGUGGUGCGGGAGGAAAGUAAGGGAGUGGAUAAGAUAAUAUCCGUUGACCUGGAGCACCCCGAAGUUGUGAACUUCAUAACCGAUGUCAAGGCAAACGAGGCGAACGGAGCGGUGUCCGAGACACCUCUGUUCCACUCUGAGCUAAAGGAAAUGUACAUAGUAACCGAUGCUACGGCGGCCUUUUUCACAAAGCUGAACUUUAAGCGCGGCGAGGGAAUCCCGGCGGGACAAAUUAAGAAGAUUGUUCGGGAGUAUGUGAGCAAGCACGGGCUGCUUCAUCCGUUGACCAAGUUGGUUCGCCCAGACGAAACGCUGAUCGAGCUGUACGGAAACAGGGAGGCCUCGCUAAGCGAGAUGUGCUCCCUUAUCACCAGCAAGAUGGAGCACUCCUACCAGAUGUGCAGCGGGAAAGACACGAGCGGGAAGCCCCUCAUUCAAAUGUCGUUGGCCACGCGUUCGGGUAACAAAAAAGUGACGCUUGUAAGCAACAUCGAGGCGUACGGCAUCAUCCUGGCCGAGUUCAUCAAGUUGUGCAAGCAGGGAGCCGCCGCCAGCACAAGUGUGGUGAAACUGCCGCACCAGAAGCACGAGCAACUGCAGAUCCAGGGCAACCAGGUGCGAUUUGUGCAUACACUGCUCACGGAAACCUACAAGGUGCCGCCCAAGUGCAUCCUUGGUCUGGAGCUGGCCAAGGAUGGCAAGAAAAACAAGCGAAAGUGAACCAGAUAAUAAACAACGACUCUGCCUGUCCUCUGAGUGUAAUAAUAAAUUAUUUAAUAACUGUA